GUACGGACAGCCAUUCCAUAGAUUUCUGCUGUUUGGUACAAAAGAAAAGAAAAGAAAAGAAAAGAAGAGGAAUUUCCCUUUUUCUCCUAUUGAAUCAGGCGAGACUCGAGAACAUCCAAAUCCAAAUCUAACACUCCCAAAAGGAAAAAAAAAAAAAAAAAAUCACCAUUAUUUUCGCUCCUUGUCCGAUCUAACUCUUCGCCCUAAAGCUAGGGUUUCUGAAUUCCGGGCAACUCGCAUCACAAUCGCACCCCGUUUCUCUCUCAUCGUCUAUCCCAGGGUCUCGAUCUGCUGAUUUUUAGAUAAAAAUUGUGUACUCGACAAGGGCUCAGGCGAAUUUGAAUUUUGAUUAAAUAAAUUCUUUUUGAGGGGUGUUAGGGUUUUGGUUGUGAUUGUGGAUCCAGGAAGGAACCAGAUUUGCCAUAAUGAGAACUUCUUGGGCUGAUUCUGUCGCUAAUUCUACAUCUGACAACUUAGUUCCUGGUUCUUCCGAUAAUAGUGGGUUUGGCGCCGGUGCCCCGUCACGAUCGGGCCGAUCCUCUUACGUACCACCGCAUCUUCGUAACAGGCCACCAUCAUCAGAUCCGCCUGCGCCCUCAUACACCUCCCAGGCAUCAGCUGGUUAUGGUGGCCCUUCAGGUGGAACCCGCUGGGGUGGUGGUUCUCGGGCCGAUUUCGGGCGGUCAGGUGUGACCACAGGUGUGACCAGUGGUGGUCGAGUUGGUGGUAGCAGUGGUUGGAACACUAGAAGUGGGGGGUGGGACCGUGGGAGGGAUCGCGAGGUGAACCCCUUUGGUGAUGAUGAUAAUGCAGAGCCUGCAUUCAGUGAGCAGGAAAAUACAGGUAUCAACUUUGAUGCGUAUGAAGAUAUACCGGUGGAGACAAGUGGGGAUAAUGUGCCACCCCCAGUUAAUACAUUUGCCGAGAUUGACUUGGGGGAGGCAUUGAAUCAAAACAUCAGGCGGUGUAAGUAUGUGAAGCCAACUCCUGUUCAGCGUCAUGCGAUUCCAAUUUCUCUUAGUGGGAAGGAUUUGAUGGCUUGUGCUCAGACAGGAUCAGGCAAAACUGCAGCCUUUUGCUUCCCAAUUAUCAGCGGAAUAAUGACGGGGCAGUUUGCGCAAAGACCACGUGGAGCACGGACUGUGUAUCCACUUGCUCUUAUUCUCUCUCCCACAAGGGAACUCUCAUGUCAGAUACAUGAUGAAGCUAGAAAGUUCUCCUAUCAAACCGGUGUUAAGGUGGUAGUUGCUUACGGAGGAGCACCAAUCAACCAACAGUUGCGAGAGCUUGAGAGAGGAGUUGACAUUCUUGUGGCAACUCCAGGGCGAUUGGUAGAUUUGCUUGAGAGGGCUAGAGUAUCAUUGCAGAUGAUCAGAUACUUAGCUCUUGAUGAGGCAGACCGGAUGCUUGAUAUGGGUUUUGAGCCUCAAAUUAGAAAGAUAGUAGAACAAAUGGACAUGCCUCCGCCAGGUGUAAGACAGACAAUGCUGUUCAGUGCCACCUUUCCCAAAGAGAUACAGAGACUGGCGUCUGAUUUUCUUUCAAGUUACAUAUUUUUGGCUGUUGGAAGGGUUGGUUCAAGUACUGAUUUGAUUGUUCAAAGAGUUGAAUUUGUUCACGAGUCUGACAAGAGAAGCCACCUCAUGGACCUUCUUCAUGCCCAGAGAGCCAAUGGAGCUCAUGGCAAGCAAUCUCUGACUUUAGUUUUCGUGGAGACAAAAAAGGGUGCCGACUCAUUGGAACACUGGUUGUGUAUGAAUGGUUUUCCUGCAACUACUAUUCAUGGUGAUAGAACACAGCAGGAAAGAGAACACGCAUUGAGAUCAUUUAAGAGCGGAAACACACCAAUUUUAGUGGCAACUGAUGUCGCAGCCCGUGGUCUUGACAUUCCCCAUGUAGCUCAUGUGGUGAACUUUGACCUUCCCAAUGACAUUGAUGAUUAUGUCCACCGGAUAGGACGCACAGGAAGAGCUGGCAAAACAGGAUUAGCCACCGCCUUCUUCAAUGAGAACAAUUCUUCACUGGCAAGGCCAUUAGCAGAUCUGAUGCAGGAAGCAAACCAAGAGGUACCCGCUUGGCUCACUCGGUAUGCAUCACGGGCUUCUUAUGGAGGGGGUAAAAACCGGCGGUCUGGGGGAGGUCGUUUUGGAGGCCGUGACUUUAGAAAGGAUACGUCCUUCAAUAGGGGUGGUGGUGCUACAGACUAUUAUGGAGGGAACACUAGCAGUGGAUAUGGAAUUCCUGGAAGUUACGGUGGGGGAUAUGGUCCUGGUGUGACCAGUGCCUGGGAUUAGUUUCCAGCCAAAUACUGGAUUUGUUCUCACUUGGUAUAUAUUAUUUUUUUCUCUUCAGUAUUCAAGGAUUAUAUUCGUCUUUUGCCCUUAUUUUCACUCUUGGCGAGAUCCUCCGGGAUACAUAUAGGGCUUUGCCUCUUGAAGUGGCAUAGAAAGGCACCUAGGUUUGAUAUUAGCACCACCUAGUUUAUAUGUACAACAGGGAAUAUUUGUACAAUGCUAGAUAGGUUGGUGGUGAAACACAAAGAUUCUAGGGCUGUGAAUGUGUCUAUUAUACCAUCUUUGGUGGGUCUUAGAAUAUUUUACUGGACGGGAUGAGACAUGGUGGGAGGUUCUCCCCUGCCAUUUUUUUUGGUAGUCAUGCUCUCUGCUGGUCGGUCUCCCCUUUUGCUUUCUUUCUUUUAAGGGUGAGGGGGUAAAUUUAUUCCUUAUCGUUUAUUUUUUUGGGUGUUGUAAUGGUACACUGCUAACUUAAAUGAAUCCACAAACCUCUUGGUAACUCAAGUGCUUAAAUUCAUGAGCCUUUUGUGAGGCAUGGUUGUAA